GUCAUUUUUUCAUGUAAACGUAACUGGGUCGAGGAAAACACACCCCGUAGCAGUAAGUCAGCUGGACUUCUGCAACACUCAGCUGAUCGUGGUCCCAAAGUUUCGUUUCUCCCUCUCAGUGCAGUUACUUUCGUUUUCCCCGCAGUAGCUCACGUCAUAAACUGAGGCUGAAUCCACAGUGAAUCCAGGCUGUGUUGACUGUACUCGGUCCUGUUGGCUACAGAAGAUGGCCUGUCGUCGCGCCAUGUCUCGUCUUCUUCCUCAGUGGUCCUCUCGUGUGUUUUCAGUGGAGCUGAAUGGAGCACCUUUCUACUUUUCAAUACAAGAAAAGCACCGAGGAGAGGAAAUACCACAAGUGUUCAGGCAAGUCCAAAACUACGAUAGGUGUUACUCACUGCUUGUCUGCAGCAGCGACAGAAUCAAACAGGCCAGGUUUCACUCGGAGCUGAAGGAGAAGUUGAGAAGAGACUUGCCCACAGAGUGCGACUUGUCCCCCAUGUCCUCGUUCCUACCAAAUGUCAAGGAUUCUCUCGUGAAAGGCUACUUUCUAAAAGAUAUGUCUGUGGGUUCAACCCUGUCUGAAAAACUUCUGCGAGACGUAAUCCAGCAUGAUCCGGUGCUUGUGUGUUCCUACUUAAAGAGUGAGGAUGGACAGCUGUGGACUCAGCGUCUGUGGAGAGAUGCAGGCAGCCACAGCGUGGAAACGUCAAAGGACUAUUAUGUUGUGCCAUCAGAAGCGCCAGAAUAUCACCCAGCUACUCUCAACAUCAUCAACUCUGAUGUUUUCUACAGCUUUGAGGAGGCGUAUGAAGUCCUUAAAGAGGUUAUUAUUGUCCACUGCUUAUCCUCUCCUCACAGGUUUAGGCUUCAAGAUUUUGCAUUUGACAGCUACACUCCAAUCAGGAAUACCCAUGUGAUACCCUUCUAUGGUCAAAAGACAUAACUUGUUUGAUUAGACUGUUAGUUUAAGAUAAACACAACAUCCGUCUUUCUAUCCAGAGGGAACAUUUUGAUUACCCAUACUCUUCUUUUGAGGAAGAAGUCUAACUUUAGUCCAACUUUGUUUUUUUUUAAGUGAUGAUGGAGAGAUGAUGAGGCGUUUUGUGAAAUAGUUCAAAAUGCCGUCAUCCACUCUUUUAUAAAUAGCAUGUAUAGCACAUGGUACAUUUGAAAAUACCAUAAAUGUACGUUAUGGCAUGUAAUAGCCUGACUAGAUAUAGCAGUUAUGUCUACUUGUAAAAACUGUAUUUUCACUUGUGAGAGAUGUAAUUUUAGAUUUCCACUAGCUAUAUAUUAUGGGUAUCCUAAAUUGAAAUGACAACAAGUGACAGUAUAGUUCAGGUAUAAAUAUUAAAUGUAAAAACAUUGUUCCAUAGACUAAAUAGAUACAGAUAUCUGCAACUCAAUUCUGACAAAAUGAGCAUUUAUAAUACCCACACUGAUAUCUCACCAAUCCUCACAUGCCUUCCCAGGUAAAUCUACCAUUAGCAGCUCAUUCCUACAAGAACAAGUGACUUUGCUAAUGCUGAACAUGUGUAUUAGACCUCCAGUUUCAGAUAUCUGCAGUAUCAUUCCUUCUAAGCAGAAUGAGCUUUUUAGAUUUCAUAAAAACAAACUCCCAUGUCAGAUAUCAAUAAUGGAACUGUUUGAUAAUUAAAAAGGGAAAGAAUUAUAUUGCAGGUGUUGUUUAAGAAUAACACCAGAAAUGAAAAAAACAUGUAUACCAGUAGUGCUAUAUAUGUCAAAACUGCUUUCUAUAGGGAGUAAAAUGUUUAUGAUCAGGAUUCUUAUCAUAGAUAUCAAAAGCUGCAUCUUACUAGUCAUACAUGUGAAAAUGUGAAUGUGAACACUUAUCCAAAAUGUUCACUCUAGACAGGAAGACUGAUAUUAUGAUUAUCUGAAAAGAGCAAAGAUUUAAAAGUCUGUUGAGAAAUUUGAAACAUAUUUGUCAAGCCAUAAGCUCAGCCAGAACAUAGCAAAUAAAAGUAUUCAGCCACUACAUAUAUCAGAGUUAUAUAUCAGAUGUGGGUAAAGCAAACCUUCCCUAUAACAAUAUGGAAACAGCAGCAGACAUAAACAUUCAGUCAUUAUAAUUGUUACUUUUCUUUAGCAAUUUAAAGAGUAGGAAGCGGCUGAAAACUGUUGCUUUAGAAGAAAAAUUCAACAUAAUAGUUAAAAAACGGUUAAAGCUAACAGCUCUUGUCUUCAGGUUGCCAGAGUUUUGUUUGUUUGUUUGUUUGUUUUGUUUGACACAGGGUUUUACUAAGGAAUAGGGUUUUUAUGUCCCUAAACAUGUUGGCUGUCCUUUUCUAUUUCAGCUGCUGGUCAGUUGUGGAACUGUUAAAAACUAACAAAUGUCAGAUAACCUUUUAUUUGACUGAUAAACUGGAAGCUGGCAAUGAGUCAUCCUGAACAGUGCAGCUAUGCUCAAUUACUUUAUGUACAAGAAACUGCAGAAUGGCGCACCCGUGUGGCAAAGGAAGGUAUGGUCGUGUGCACCAAAGAGGCAAUAGCAUUUUGCAUUUACUCUCAGUACCAGGUGGUUCAUUACUGUGUGUAUCUUUGACUUGAUCCUGCCUCCUCAGCAGAAAACUGAUCAUGUCUGUUCUGCAGAGCGCUGACAUCAUCCCAGAGGCGACAUCUGUUCUGGAGUUGCUGCCCAGCCGAGCGAAGGCCAGAAGUAAACCAGACUUCCCUGUUAUUGUCAUAGAAGGCCUGGAUGCCACAGGUUAAUGCCAUUACUUUAUAAAUGAAUACAGGAGUAGUUUGAUGUAUAGAUGUCUGGCUAAAGUGAUGGCCCGUUGUUGUCUGCUGGAGCCAUUAUCUGCCAGUGAGUCUGGCCUAAUGGAAUAUCAUGUGUCAUGACCUCAGAAAAGUUACAUCACUGUGGAAAUGGUUUAUUGAAGAGCUCAGUGAUCUAAUAGUCUGUGCAAACCUCAUGAAAAGUUAGCAGUGUGGGUAGAAAGGAGCUUUAAAAGUCACCCCAGUCUCUUGAUGCACUUAAAAUACGGCGGGUUCUGCCUUUUUUGCUGUUAGACUAUUUGGAGUUUGAGCUUUGUUUUUGAACUCACUCUUUUCUCCUCACAGGUAAGACCACGCUGACUGAGUCUCUUAGGGAUACUCUUGGGGCUGCUCUUCUUCGGUCCCCUCCCAAGUGCCUUUCCCCCUUGAGGGCCUGCUUUGAUCGGGAGCCGCCCCUCAUCCGCAGGGCCUUCUACGCUCUUGGGAACUACAUCACAGCUGAGGAAAUAGGCCAGGAGGGCAUGAAGACACCUGUCAUCGUUGACAGGUAAAGGCAGCUGAAGUGCUAUGAAGUUUGCCUGUUUUUUUGACCUGUUUGAUAAAAAAAGGGACAAAGAUCCUUUCCCGAGGGAGACAAACCUUGACUUCAGCGCGUGAAACCCCUGCUCCUGUACCUGAUCAUCCAUCUAUCUAUCCAGCUUCAGCUUUGAAAUCUAUUUUCCAUUAUCUGUCCCCAGGUUCUGGCACAGCACAGCAGCUUAUGCCAUUGCUACAGCAGUGAGUGGUCCGGUGUGCAACCUCCCAGCAGACAGCUCAGCGGUCUAUAGGUGGCCUCGGGACCUGCUGCAGCCAAGCCUGGUGGUCUUACUCACCUUGGACCCUGAGGAGAGGAAGAGAAGGCUGAGGGAUAGAGGUGAAGGAGAGACUGCAGAGGAGCAAGAGCUAGACCACAAUCAGCUUUUCAGACUCAAGUGAGUAAUGUGUAUAAUUUAUCAAGUUUGCAUUUUGGCAUUAAAGGGACAGUUCGCUUUUUUUCUAUUUGGGUUGUAAGAGAACAUCAUAUUUAUAAUCCAACAGACCAAAAGUUGUACAGGAUGGAGACUCUUCAGCAAAUGUACAUUGCACCAUGAAUAACUUUUCUUAAAGGUGUCUUGAGAUUGUGCUACCUUAACAUUUUAACUAUCUGUCUCAAGUCAUCCAUAACCCGCAAAGCAACCAGGGUGGAUAACAACAGAAAAAAAGACGAAGAGAAAUCUCAGUAGACACACUUAGCUGUGUGACAUGUGGACAAAUGUUGUUCAGCCUGUGAUGAAAAAAAGUUCCUUCGGAGUGUGAGAACAUAAAAAAAAAAAAACAACAGAUGGAGGUUCACACUGUACUGCUCGUUUCACUGAGUCAGGUCAGCUCAGCUCUGUCUUAGUCUGAUCCAUCAAACACUUAACAAUCAAUUACUGUCCCGUGGGGGGAAGCGGCUGAUGAGAAAGAACAGGUGAUUAGUUGCUGAGCUGUUGUGCUCCAUUAAGCCGGUCAAAACUCGCAGACACUGGCUGGCCUGAUAGUCGCUGCGAAGACAGGUCGAUGGCUACUUUCAUUCAUCCUCUGUCCUGACAUAAUGGCCUUUCCACAUGGGACGGCCAGAUGUUGGGCCAGCAGAGAGAGAGAGAGAAGAGAGGCCACUACUGCUUAGAGAGAGAGAUGGAGAGAGGGUGUCUGCUUUUCCAUUUGUCUCAGGAAAUGGCCAUCUGUGUUGUUGAAUUUUUUCAUCUUUUGUCUCUUUGACCGCUUUUCUCUUUGUGCGCCAAAUCAGUGAGCAGCUUAAUUACCCAAAGGUGUCCUGAAAUGUGCAAUGAAAGUGUUGUUUGUAAUGUGUAUAUGCCUACUUUUCUCAGUUGUUGAAAUGAUGCUUGUGUGUGUCUCUUCAGAGUGGAGGAGGCUUACCGGAGGAUCAGCGGGCCAGCCUGCAUCACCGUGGAUGCUAGUCCUCCUGCAGACCAAGUGCUCCAACAAGUGCUGCUUUUAAUUAGGGGCAAAUGCCACUUGUAAACAAUCAUCUCCAUCUCCCCCUGCUGUCGGCCAAGCGUUGAGUGGAUGCAGUACCUCUCUUUAACCACUGGGUGCCAGUAAGGUGUUGUAAAUGUGACAGUGGGGGGACUCGGACAGUUUGGGCUUAGCAGGGGAGAUACUGCUCAGGAUGAGUAAAGGUUGAAUGACCAGGGAGCAAAACUACAAACAGACAUGUGUGCAAGCUUAGAUCUUGAUUUAGAAACACACAAAUACAUUUACAAAGUGUUGUCAAGGAGGAAAUUUAACUGCUAUUGGAACUUUUUUGAAUUCAAACAUGGUGUAGCUGCAUUUAUCAACAGUCGCUAAUUAUUCCUUUAAAACAGAUAGAGGGAGAUAAUUUUCCAAGUAUUAGUUUGAUUUCAUUUAAACACAAACAGAGAAAUGAAAAACAAGAAAAAUGGACCAAAACAAAAUGAGCGAAAGCCACACAAGAAUAAAAACACUGAAAAAAAUAUUGUUUACAUCAAGAUAAAAGAAAGAAGCUUUAAUAUGUUUCGAUACAGUUUCAGAAUAAAAGAAAGUUAGACUGAA